UCUUUGACGCGGCGGAGGGGGCGGGCGGCGCGCCGCCAUCUUUGGCCAGUGCGGCGGCGGGCGGCCGUGGGGAAGCAGGAGGAGGAGUCGGGCGCGCUGCAGCCGGCCUGACCAUGGACGAGGAGUACGACGUGAUCGUGCUGGGCACCGGCCUCACCGAAUGCAUCCUGUCGGGGAUCAUGUCAGUGAAUGGCAAGAAGGUGUUGCAUAUGGACCGGAACCCGUACUAUGGGGGCGAGAGCUCCUCCAUCACACCCCUGGAAGAGUUGUAUAAGCGCUUUCAGUUGCUGGAGGGCCCCCCUGAGGCCAUGGGCCGGGGUCGAGACUGGAACGUGGACCUGAUCCCCAAGUUCCUCAUGGCCAAUGGGCAACUGGUGAAGAUGCUGCUGUACACGGAGGUGACCCGCUACCUGGACUUCAAGGUGGUGGAGGGGAGCUUCGUCUACAAGGGGGGCAAGAUUUACAAAGUGCCGUCCACCGAAACCGAAGCUUUGGCGUCCAAUCUGAUGGGCAUGUUCGAGAAGAGACGCUUCCGCAAGUUCCUGGUGUUCGUGGCAAACUUUGAUGAAAAUGACCCCAAGACCUUCGAGGGUGUCGACCCCCAGAACACCAGCAUGCGCGAUGUUUACCGGAAGUUCGACCUGGGCCAGGAUGUCAUUGACUUCACUGGCCACGCCCUGGCGCUCUACCGCACGGAUGAGUACCUGGACCAGCCCUGUCUUGAAACCAUCAACCGCAUCAAGCUGUACAGCGAGUCGCUGGCCCGGUAUGGCAAGAGCCCGUAUUUGUACCCGCUCUAUGGCCUUGGCGAGCUGCCUCAGGGCUUUGCAAGGUUGAGUGCCAUCUACGGGGGGACGUACAUGCUGAACAAGCCUGUGGAUGACAUCAUCAUGGAGAACGGCAAAGUGGUGGGCGUGAAGUCGGAGGGAGAGAUCGCGCGCUGCAAGCAGCUGAUCUGCGACCCCAGCUACAUCCCGGACCGCGUGCGGAAAGCCGGCCAGGUCAUCCGGAUCAUCUGUAUCCUCAGCCACCCUAUCAAGAACACCAACGACGCCAACUCCUGCCAGAUCAUCAUCCCCCAGAACCAGCUCAAUCGGAAGUCAGACAUCUACGUAUGCAUGAUCUCCUAUGCACACAACGUGGCCGCGCAGGGCAAGUACAUCGCCAUCGCCAGCACCACAGUGGAGACCUCGGAACCCGAGAAGGAGGUGGAGCCAGCCCUCGAGCUGCUGGAGCCCAUUGACCAGAAGUUCGUGGCCAUCAGUGACUUGUUUGAGCCCAUUGACGAUGGUUCCGAGAGCCAGGUGUUCUGUUCCUGCUCCUACGAUGCCACCACACACUUCGAGACAACCUGCAACGACAUCAAAGACAUCUACAAGCGCAUGGCCGGGUCCGCCUUCGACUUCGAGAACAUGAAGCGCAAACAGAAUGAUGUCUUUGGAGAAGCUGACCAGUGAUUGCUGACCAACCCCCAAGCACCCCAGUC